UGGUUUGAAGCAGCUUGCGAAUAUAUCAAAUUAUUGAAGGGUAAAUCAGUGAUAGCCUAUUUAAUUGAACUGUGGAAGGCUGGAAUUUAUUUUCGAAGUUAGCAACGACACCAGUAUCUUAAAGAUGAACCGCCGCGUAAAUUAUCGCUCCAUUUUGCCUUUACGCCAAGAACUUUACUGAUAGGCUACAUUUAGCGCCAUACGGUGUUUUUAUUGGAUAUAUGCUAUAUUUUCUAUUUUGGGCUGGAUAUCGAAUCAUACGGUGAUUUGAAUACAGCCAACUGCAGGAUCAACCGUUUGUUGAUAAACACGAAUCCUUUCUCAUACAGGACCACCUCCGGUGCAUUGAUGCACCCGUUUCAGUGGUUUAACGGGUGCUUCUGUGGUCUGGGACUGGUCUACUCCAACACGUCGUGCACCAUGCCUCCCAUCACCUUCCAGGACCUGCCCCUCAACAUCUACAUGAUCAUCUUCGGAACAGGCAUCUUCAUUUUCAUCCUCAGCCUCAUCUUCUGCUGUUACUUCAUCAGUAAACUAAGACACCAAGCCCAGAGCGAUAGGUUUGGCUACAGAGAGGUGGUUUUAAAAGGAGAUCCUAAGAAGUUGAAUCUCCAUGGGCAGACGUGUGCUGUUUGCCUGGAAGACUUCAAAGUCAAAGAUGAGCUAGGAGUGUUGCCAUGCCAACAUGCCUUUCACAGGAAGUGUCUGGUGAAAUGGCUGGAGGUGCGCUGUGUGUGCCCCAUGUGCAACAAAACCAUUGCAGGACCCCCAGAACAGCGCAACAGCAUAGGAACACUACUGGACGAACUGGUGUAACCUAACAACAAGCACGGCAUGGGCACUGUGAGCUGGUGUUACCUAGCAACCAACAGAAAGUGAACGCUAUUGUCUGGUGUAUCCUAGAAACCGCCCACAGAUGACUGUGAAAUGGUGUAACCUAGCUACCACCUGGAGAGGACUGUGAGAGCUGCUGUUACCUAGCAACCAACACAGAGCUGCAUACAUGAGUCUACACCACACACCACAGACAGUCUCCAGCUACCCACACUUCACCCCGUCACUCUUUCUCUUUGUCUCUGACUGUCUUACUCUUUUUAUCUGUCUUUCUCCCCCAUUUUCUCUCACUAGCCUUCUCUGUCCUUUCUGUCACGCUCUCUAUUUCUGUCUUUCUUCUGUUGUCUCUUUGAUCUCUCUCUCUCUCUCUGACACUCAUUUUCUCACCUUCUCUCUUUUCCUCUCUUUCUGUCUUUUACUUCCUCAGAGGUGAGUUCUAGUUCCAAAGUCAACAAGAGGGAAGAGCUCCAGACAGUUGGAGAGUGUAGGAGCAGGCAGUUGAUUUGAAUGUGUAAAGACAAGAGUGGAACUAUAAGAACCAUGGUGUUGAGAAAAUACAAAGUGAUGUUCUAUGGGCAUGUGUGUGUUGUGUGUGUGUGUGUGUGUGU